GGCGGCUGUGUCCCCAAGGGCCAUUCAGGGCGGAAGGGAGCAGGGAAAACCGCUGUGUUGAUUCCCGGGCGCUGUAGGCUGCGAGCGCAGAGGGUCAGGUUACAGGCAGUUUACCACAGGCACAUGCAGCGACUCGGUGGUUCACAGCUGCGACCUGUGUGGCAAGGGCUUCCGUCUGCAGCGCAUGCUGAACCGUCACCUCAAGUGCCACAAUCAGGUGAAAAGACACCUGUGCACCUUCUGUGGCAAGGGCUUCAAUGACACCUUCGACCUGAAGAGGCACGUCCGCACCCACACAGGUAUUCGUCCCUACAAAUGCAACGUCUGCAAUAAAGCCUUCACCCAGCGCUGCUCUCUGGAGUCCCACCUGAAGAAGAUCCACGGGGUGCAGCAGCAGUACGCCUAUAAGCAGCGGCGGGACAAGCUCUACGUCUGCGAGGAUUGCGGCUACACGGGCCCCACCCAGGAGGACCUGUACCUUCACGUGAACAGUGCUCACCCGGGCAGCUCGUUUCUCAAAAAGACAUCGAAAAAACUGGCAGCCCUUUUGCAGGGCAAGCUGACGUCCGCACACCAGGAGAAUACCAGCCUGAGUGAGGAGGAGGAGAGGAAGUGAGGAGAAGGAAGGGGAGGACAGACGUUCACACUGCCACGUAUGUCUACGUGGAUUUUUGGUUUUCAGCGUCCCCCACCCCGCUGGCUCUUCUUAAUUAGAAGUGACCAGUUCACCUCUGUGUCCUUUUGAAACAUCAGCAGUAGGGUCCGUUCCAAGGUUGUCAGUUACCGUAGUGACAUCAGGCCCUGUAACCUGUGUCCUGUCUGGCGCAGUUGCUCGCAUUCACCAAAGUUUGUUUUCAAUGAUCCUGAUGGCCAAGAACACCGUGUGGGAUUUUUUUUUCCCCCCAAGGAUUUUCACACAUGGAAGGAGAGGUAUUUCUUAGAGAGAUCAUCAUUUUAUGGUGCCUUGAAAUAAAAAUACUUCUACUUGAAA